AAGAUAAAAUAAAAAGAGGGAUUAAGUGGAAAUGAUGUAUACGGAGGUCGGAGGAGAACAAGAUAGCGGGAAAGUGAAGGAAGACUGAGGUUAGAUGGACGCGAUCUGUUGCGGAAAUAUGAAGGCGGAGACGGCAUCUGUGGCGUCACGGCGGAGAGGAAGGAGGAACGGAUCGCUUCUGCUGGCGUCGGAACUUGCGGCGUCCGAUGGGGCGGAAAGGGCGGCCGCGUACGGCCGGAUUUCCCGGUCGCGGAGCUGCGGCCGACAUGAGAAGAUCGGGGAGAUGAAGAAGAACAGGGCGUUGACCUUCCUGAUGGAAGUCUUCUCCCGCAAUUACAUGGGAUGCGGCGGCGGCGGCGGCUCCAUCGGGGUGGAGACUGCAGACGAUGCGGUGGUGCGGCAGAAGAAGACGAAGAAGGAAAAAGGGCAGCCGUCGUCUUGGCUCCCGGAUCCCCACCGGAGAUGGCCUGUUCAAGGAUGGUGAGUUUUUUGAACUCUGAUUCAUUUGUUAAUUGUUCCCACAAAAAAACAACACAUAAAUGUGGUGAAUACCUUUACACCUUCCAAAUGACAUUGUGCUUCUGGUGUAAAUGACUUCUAAUUUUUUAUCCUAUAAAUAUGAAUAUGUUGA